UUUGACCCCUGAGCCCAACUUAUCUCUGCUAUGCCUGGCAGCCUGAAAGAUGUGAAGCUGGGGGCCCUCCCUUGGUGGGCGACCUGUCCCUUUUUCCCGCUGAGGCCCUGUGCUAGGUGGCCUGAUGCCAUCUCAUCUGCAGGUGUCAACGUGAUGCUGAGGAAGAUCGCGGUGGCCGCGGCUUCCAAGCCGGCCGUGGAGAUCAAGCAAGACGGUGAGACCUUCUAUAUCAAGACCUCCACCACAGUGCGCACCACUGAGAUCAACUUCAAGAUUGGGGAAGAGUUCGAGGAGCAGACCGUGGACGGGCGCCCCUGCAAGAGCUGGCAAAUGGGAAGUGAGAACAAUGGUCUGUGA